CGGAACGCAGCAACGGGCCGGCAAAGGGGACAGGACAACAUGGCUGCUGCUGCGGGCCGAUACUACGGAGAAGGCGGCAGAGCAACGAAAAGACAGAAAACCGAAGACGGAGGAAUGACAACGGAGACAUACGAUGACCCCCAUAAACCUCUGCCUUCCCCGGUGGUGCACAUCAGGGGUUUGGUGGACGGUGUCAUGGAGGCUGACUUGGUGGAAGCCCUGCAGGAAUUUGGGGCCAUAAGUUAUGUUGUCAUGAUGCCCAAGAAGCGCCAGGCCCUGGUAGAGUACGAGGACAUGAAUGGGUCCUGCAAUGCUGUCACCUACGCAGCCGAGAACCAGGUUUACAUCGCAGGCCAUCCCGCCUUCAUCAAUUACUCAACUAGUCAAAAGAUAUCCCGGCCUGGAGACUCGGACGACACCCGGAGCGUCAACAAUGUGCUUCUGCUCACAAUCAUAAACCCCAUCUAUCCGAUCACCACGGAUGUGCUUUACACCAUUUGUAACAACUGUGGUCCAGUGCAGAGGAUCGUUAUCUUCAGAAAGAACGGUGUCCAGGCCAUGAGCGCCCAGAGGGCAAAAGCCUCUCUGAAUGGAGCAGACAUUUAUUCUGGCUGUUGCACUCUAAAGAUUGAAUAUGCAAAGCCAGCACGCCUUAAUGUUUUCAAGAACGACCAGGACACGUGGGACUACACAAACCCCAACCUGAGUGGCCAAGAUCCCAAUGCCAACCCCAACAAACGCCAGAGGCAGCCGGCUCUUCUAGGGGACCACCCCCCAGAUUACGGGGGUCCACAGGGAGGUUAUCACGGCUAUAAUGACGACGCUUAUGGCCCCCCUCCACCUCAUCGGAUGGGACCUGGCAUGGGUGGGCGGGGCCGGGGCAGCCAGCGGUAUGGAGCUGGAUAUGGGCCGCCGCCCCCCGAGUACGGCCCUCACGCUGACUCCCCAGUUCUUAUGGUGUACGGCCUGGAGCCGUCGAAGAUCAAUGCUGACAAGGUCUUCAACAUCUUUUGUCUCUAUGGCAACGUGGAGAGGGUCAAAUUCAUGAAAAGUAAACCAGGAGCCGCCAUGGUGGAAAUGGGUGACUGUUACUCUGUGGACAGGGCCAUUACUCACCUCAACAACAACUUCCUUUUUGGACAGAAGCUAAAUGUUUGCGUGUCCAAGCAGCAGGCCAUCGUGCCCGGACAGUGCUACCAGCUAGAGGACAACACCAGCAGCUUCAAGGACUUCCACGGGUCCCGCAACAACCGCUUCACCUCCCCGGAGCAGGCCGCCAAAAACAGAAUCCAGCACCCCAGUAACGUCUGCGAUGAGCUGGGAAUUAAGAGUCCUGCAAGUGUGAAGCUCUUUACUGGAAAAAGUGAGCGAAGUUCAUCUGGGCUGCUGGAGUGGGAAUCCAUCAAUGAUGCCAUGGAGGCCCUAGCUAUGAUGAACCAUUAUCAGAUGAAAAACCCCAGUGGGCCUUACCCUUACACACUGAAACUGUGUUUCUCCACCACACACCAUGCCAACUAAGUCUGCCCCAUCAAACUCUUUAUGUGACUUUGCAUUGAUUAUUGCAAUUUUUCAGUUUAUAACGACACUGACUAAAACUAGGAUUAUUGUGAUUAAGGAAAUGUUACUUAAAUUAUACUGCCAUGUUUUUUUUUUUUGUUUGACUUUGACCAUAUUUUUCAUCAGUUGUUAAUUUUGUAUGUUCACAACACUAGAUUUGAAGGCCUCCACCCCAAUAUUUGGUUUUUAAAUAAAGUUAACAUUAACCAUUG